AUGUGUGUUAAUCCGGAUUUAAUAUCUGGGAAGAAAAUUGGUGUUUACGUUGGUGUCUGUCAUUCUGAAUCUGAAAAGUCUAAUAUCUAUUGUCCUAGAGUUAAGACCGGUCUUGGUAUAACAGGGGUUUUAAGCACAUGUCCCGAUGGCAAAACAAAAUCCUUUGAUACAAAUGCUGAUGGAUGCGCAAAAUCUGAAGCUAUCAAUGUAGUUUUCCUUCAAAAAGCAAAAGAUGCUUUGAGAAUUUAUGCAGAGAUUGUUAAAGUUAAAUGUGAGUUUACCGAUUUAUGUUUAGAUGAAACGGGACCUAUAUAUGGUUUCUACCGUAGUCCCGAAAAAAUGUCUAAUUUUAUAAAAAGAUUUUAUGAUGAAGUAAAUGUUUCCCCUAAAGCGGUGGAAUAUGUUGAAGCUGUUGGUUCAGGUAAAAAUCUCUUUCCAUUCGCCGCUGCGUUGGUAUUGGUAUGGGAUACAUUUGCAAUGACAUUGAUGGUAGAGAGGAAGAAACUAUCCGUUCAAUUCCGUGAUGUACAUUUUCACUCGCAACCAUUACUACACGACCAACGACAACUUAGAAUUAAAAUCAGUUUCCAACGAGGCACUGGACGAUUUGAAGUGAUGAAUGAAAAUAUUAAAGUUAUAUCUGGUUAUAUUACUGCUGAAAUAACCAAUAACAGAAUAUUAGAGGUAAAUUCUGAAUGUCAUGACAGUACCCAGCUUUGUUCCAACGAUAUAUAUCAAUUGCUUCAUACACAAGGCUACAAUUACACAGAUGAUUUCCGCAGUAUAUACAACUCUAAUUUUUCUUUAACUGAAGCUCAAAUAAUAUGGCAAAAUAAUUGGAUAACAUUUAUUGACGGCAUGCUUCAACUAAGCGCGCUUAGCUGUAAUCAUAAGAUGAUCUGUAUGCCAGAAGCUUUCAGCAAACUGACGAUCGAUGUAGAGAACCAUUUCAAUAAUAUAUCAAACGCUGAUGAACAAAACAUUUUGAUCGCCAAUAUAUUAAAAACACAAGACUGUAUAAAAUGCGGUGGUGUGAUUAUAGAACAUAUAAAAUAUGAAAAUUUGGCACCGUUGAAUAAAAACGUCGUUUCCUUAAAAACUAAAAAAUUUGUACCUCAUUUCCCAACAAACAAUUCAGACGAACUAACAGCAUCAUACAUAUUUUUACAAAUAGCCGCUGAGAAUUUAAAUAAACAAUUCAUUAACGUUGUUGAAAUCCUGAGAGACGAAACUGCUAAAUCUAACUUUGAGGCGAUCAGAGGUAUUUCUAACAACAUCUCUGGAAUUAGGACACAACACUCUUUUGUUUACAAAGACAAAAUUUUAGAAGAUGGUGAAAAGAUAAAUAGCGCUGACCUAUUAUUAACCACAAACUUAUCUUCUGAUAAAAACAUGGAUCAAAUGCUACAGCGCAUAUUAAAAUGCGAUAGUCUUUUGGUUAAUAAAGAACUGGACAUCGAAGGAAAAUUCAACAGAUGCCCUUCGAUGUUGUAUCGCAGUGUAAAUGCACAUAUUAUUAAUAAUUAUAACCGUAUAGAAUUAGCUAUAUGGAAACCUAAAGAUUCUAAUGGCUCUAGUGUAUACACGGUUCGUUCACCAUCAGAUUUAUCAUAUGUAUCAUCUUUGAUAUCGACUAUUCCUUUGAGUCAAAAAGUUUAUUUACUAGCCAGUUACCCACUUGUUAAAGGAUUGAAAUCCCUGAUUAAAGAAUGGAGAAAUGAAAGAAAAGUAUAUUUGACUAUAAUACAUCAAGAUGAAUGGGAUGAUAAACUUUUAAAUGAAAUACUGUUCAAAGAUUUAGUGACCAACAUUUACAAAAAUAGUGUCUGGGGAGGAGAAUAUAUUUUGCCAUUGGAAGAGACCUCCACGCCAAAACAUAAUAUUAUGUUGAAAUGCGCCCGCGCUGGUGAUUUCGACUCGAUAUAUUGGAUUGAGGCACCACAAAAAUAUGAUGGCGGUAUUAAUGUAGAUGUUCACUAUGCUGGCAUUAAUCUAGUGUAUUUAAAGGAAGAAGCUGGAAUCAUUAAUUCGUACAACACCGAUGGACAGCGAGCCUUUAAAGUCGACUUCAGCGGUAUAACUGAAACGGGAAAUCGUGUAAUGGGUAUAGUUCCUGAUCAAGUAAUAAGCACACAAGUUAAAGCGCAACCGGAAUUAUUGUGGCCAGUUCCAGAUCACUGGAGUCUUGAAGACGCUGCCACUGUGCCUUUGGCUUACUGUAUCGCUUUCUACUGCUUGAUGAUCAAAACCCAGCUUAUUCCCGGACGACGUGUACUUAUCCAUGGCGGUGCCGGCGCUCUAGGUCAGGCUUUAAUAUCUAUUGCCUUAGCUUUCCAUUGCAAGGUCUUUGCUACAGUUAACGACAUACGCAAGAAACAGUUUCUGCAAAAACUAUUUCCUCAACUGCAAGAUGAUCAUAUCGGAAACUCCUGCGACCACAGCUUCGGAGACAUGGUUCUCGGGGCUACCGGAGGUGAGGGUUGUGACAUUAUCGUAAGCUGCGUCCAGGGAGAACUUAAAAAUACUACGUUAAAAUGCUGUGCCACGUCGGGUAUAACUCUCGAUACAACACAAUUACUGAGCUGUGAAGAUUUUAACUUUGGAAUGUAUAAUCUGACGAAAUGUCGUUCUUAUGCAAGGAUCAACUUUUCUACAAUCUUUACAAAUCCUGAACAACUAUUGGAAUUGCAAGCAUUGGUCUGUGAGGGUAUAGCACGUGGCUACGUUAGACCACUAUCACGCCUAACGUUCGUGCCACAAGAGGCUCCGAGAGCUUUCCGAAUUCUAUUUGCCAGACGCCACCGCGGUCGAGUGUUACUUGAUGUACGGCAUCAUGGCGUAAGCGCUCCAGUUCCAAGAUUAAGAUGUGCUUCUGAUAUGUGUCAAGUGAUCCUGUCUAAAAAUGAAGAGUUUGGCAUUCAGUUAGCGGAGAGGCUUGCAAACCGCGGUGCACGAAACAUAAAUCUAUACUGUGAAAAAAUAUCUAAUAUACUGCUAUUUAAGCAAAGAUCUUGGCAAGAAGAUGGAGUAAAUAUCAAGGUAUCACAAGAAAAUCUAAAUCAAGCCAACUUAGUUGAUUUGAUCAAAGGCAAUAUUAAUAGAGCUAUAGAAGGAUUAUAUUUGUAUGACAUAAUUUCUCAAAAGGAAGAAAUCGAUAAGUCAGAAGAAAUAAUUUCAAAAGUUAAAAAAAUGAUUCCAAAGCUAAAACACUUUGCAAUAAUUAAUUCCAACUUCAACAUCGAUGAGCAGAUCGAUGUGGGUAGAAGUCGAGAACCAUUACUUGUCUGGGUUAACUUGCCGUUAUUAGACAAGCUGGAUGAAUGGAAAAAUAGUUAUUCUGCAGAUGAAUUAAUAUCAUCUUUAACUGCUGUUGAUGUUGUGGAAAAAGCGCUGUGUUCUAAUCAGUCAGUUGUAAUCGCUUCAAAAGUAACACUACCACAUGUUCCUUUAAUGCAAGCAAUUUCCAAAAUGGCAGGUAUUAAUAUAGAAGAUAAGACUCCUGAGAAGAAUACAUUAAAAGAUUUGGGCAUAGAUUUAGCUAAUUUCGAGGCAAUACGAGCAUAUUUGCAUUAUGAGCACAAUAUAUCUUUGACUAAUCAAGAUAUGUCUUCACUUACUCUAAAAACGCUUAAAAACUUGGAACGAAACAUUAUGAAAAUCAACUACACCGAAGUUGAGGGACUGAAAUCAUUAUUUUUUAAUGUAGACUCUGAUGAGAUUCAAGCUAGCAGUGACAUUGUAUUUCUACCAACAUUAACUAAUACUAUUUUGUCUGAUUGUGAUUUUGAUAAAAGUCAAGCGUAUAUGUGCAUAGUGCCGGGUGUUGAAGGCCACUAUGAGCGGUUCCGUGUAUUGUGUGAGCGACUCAAACUCCAUGCGCUCGUACUGCAGCCUUGUCUGAAUAAUACUCGAGAAAGUAUGGAUGACUUAGCUAAUAGAUAUACUCAGGUUCUUCUUAAGAAAACAGGUCUUCGUGACAAAUUCUUCCUAUUAGGCUAUGAAAGCGGUGUUUUAAUAGCAAUAAAAAUCGCAGAAAUUCUGGAAGCGCAUGGUAUACUUGGAACCAUAUUUUGUAUCGGCGGAUCCCCAGAUGAUAUCAAGGCACAUUUUCAGCAUAAAUUAAGCAUUUAUAAAACUGAAGUAGAUCUCCAAAAUGCAAUUUUACAGCACACAACAAGUCUUAUGAUGAAAAAAGCUGAUGAAAGAAUUCAUAAAAAUCUAGAAACUGCUGCGACAUGGGACGAAAAAGUAUUAGUUUGUGCGCGCAUAAUGAAGGAAACUAUUCAACACUCCAGUCAAUAUGCGAAACAAAUCAUAGAAUCUGCGUACGCAAAAGUGUACCAAGUACUUCAGUACGAGCCAGUGCCGGUCGUGCUUCGUUCAAAUAUAGUUUGCCUUCGUCCUACGACAUGUAGAGCAACAAAUUUACAGAAGUUUUCUGAACAACCAGUCGUCGAGUAUAAUCUAAACACACCGCUCGAGUACAUGAUGCAAGAUUUACGCUGCUCCGCUAUCAUCAACAGACACAUCGGCGAUGAUAUUCUACAACAAUUUAAUAAGAGGAACUUGUGCGAAAUGUAUGAAAGC